UGUUACUAAUAAUACUAACAAAAAGAAUGAGCCGUUUGCCAUGGAAAGGCACAUGGUUUUCGUUUGUCCAGAAUGUGGACAGACCACAGAGACUCAAAAUGAAUGGCGUCAACACUUGAACACCGUACAUGACUAUGCCCGUAAGAAGGCAAUCGAUUUUGACUUCAAGGAAAUCGACAGAAAAUACCACGAAUGCCAAAUAUGCCUUAAGCGCUUGGCCCAUGGCCAUCAAUCACCUGUGCUCUUGCAGCAUCAUCGUUUUACACACCUCCCCUAUAGUGGGCCAUUCAAGUGUCGUUAUUGUGCAGGAACGUAUGUGAAAAAACGAGCCCUAUCCGUGCAUCUGUUUCGCUGUCACAGUCAAUUGAUGAAUAAAGUGGACAAUGACUACAAAAUGGAGAAAAUGAAGCAGGCCAUUGCCCUCAGACAUCCUCGUUUUAACAGUGAAUUCUUUAUGCGUUUCAUUUGCCCCCAAUGUGGUAAAUUACUUCAACGUUUUAACGAUUGGCUGGAGCACAUUGACAAGAACCAUUUGAGCACUUCGAAGAAUAUUUGCAUGCAUCGCAUUGUGGGCACCAACAACUACUAUUGCGACCAAUGCUCCGAUACCCUUAGAGAUGGGCCCACAUGGGAUCAACUGCGUAGGCAUCAUUUCAGCCAUUUGCCAUUUACUUCCUAUUUUCAAUGUGCUUUUUGCAUAACACAAAAAUCCUUUAAAACGGACUUGUUCCUGCAUUUUAUUAAAUAUCAUAGGGUGGAUUAUUUGAAAAACAAAAAAUACAUUUGUGCCCCCGAUGAAUGGGCUGGUCCGGCCAAAGAAGCUACUUUAAGGCAAAUACAGAUAUAUACCAAUGAUGAUAACCUAACGGUUAUAGCCCAAAAGGAACGCUCUGAGGUCAGACAAGCUGUACAAACGCUGCACAAUAUAGGCACAGAGAUGGGACUUCAAGAAACCGGAAACAAAGAAACGAAAGAUGUGAAUGGCGAUUCUGAGGUUACCCUCACACAUCCCUUGGAAGAAAAUGCUGCUGCACCCUCCAAUGCCCAAGUUGAGGAUAUUCUCCAGAAAGCCUUAAGCGACAGUUGCAUUAACUUGGAGGAUGAAAUUUGCAAUACCCUUACACCGGCUGUAAACGGUUAUAAAAAUAUAAUCGUAGUGGAUGUCAAACCACAACAACAACCAGUUGCUGUGCAACAACCUGCUCAAUUGAAUGAUAUGGAAAUUGAGGAAAUUUGCCAGGAGAUGUUUGAAGAAAUUGAAAAUGAAGUCGAAACAAGAUUCAAUGGCAGAUUGAAAACCAACAACAAAAAUAAUAGAAUCAUUGACCUUCAAAAAAAGGAAAUGCAAAAAUACAUCAACUACUUAUGUCCCGAAUGCAAGCGCGAAUUUGACGAUCAACCCACCUGGCGUUCACAUGUCUUUAAAGAGCACAACCUGGCACAGGCCAUCAAGACAAAGUUCCGUCCUGUGAAUAGCCAAAAAACCGCCCACCUAUGCCUAACCUGCUGUCAAGUGCAACGUAAUUCGAAAAAUGUUGACCUUCAACGGCAUUAUUUUCAACACAUGCCCCAUCAGGGCUACCUCAAGUGUACCCUGUGCAAGAAGACCAAAUCCAGCAAACCAAAAAUGUUGCUGCAUUUAGAAUUUAUACAUCGCAUCGAAAUUCCAAAGGCUGUGGAUGACGACAGUACAGAUAAAGUGGAGCUUGCACAGUGUUUGGAAUGUGACAUCAUGUUUGAAGAAGAUUUACAAAGUCAUCUAAGGAUUUGUCCUGCUCGCCUGGGACCUCUAGCUGUGGAGCAAUAUAAUGAUAUAGCCAAGAAUAAGAAAUUGUUGGAGCAUUUGCAAAAUGCCAGUCGGCGUAUUGACAAAAUGUUAUUGGAGGUUGGUAUAGAUGCCAGUUCACUAUAAAAAUACAAGACAGGAAGGAUAUAAAUUCCAGCAAUUACUAGGGGUUAGUUGAUAUCUAAAAAUGUUGUUUAUCUUUAUCGUGGUAUGCAUAUUUUUGCGA